AUGGCAUUACAAUUAGCGGAUAGAUCGAUCAAGUACCCGGCGGGAAUAUUAGAAGAUGUACCUUUGAAGAUUGGUGAGGUCUAUGUACCGGUCGAUUUUGUGGUGCUAGACAUGGAUGAAGACUCCAAAGUUCCAAUCAUUUUAGGACGACCAUUUUUGAGUACAGCGGAUGCCAUAGUGCACGUUCGGGCUGGGAGAUUAACUAUGAAGAUCGGAGAUGAAAUAGUUGAAUUCUCACUUGACCAGAAUUUGAAGCAGCCCUCGAUCAAUGCUACGGUGUGUUAUGCGGAUAUACUUGAAGCAACGGUCGUAGAAGCAAGUUUAUACAGUAAUUGGAAAGAGAUCGAAGAGAUAAGAUGGGCAUUGGACGGUCAAGAGACCGAAAAAGACGCUUCUGAAGUAUUUCGGGUGAUCCGCCUAGAUUUCUAG